AUGUUCCUUUGGGUGUGCGCCAUGCAUGCUGUUCGUGGACUGAAGAGUUACAAAAAGGAUAAAUGUCGAGAACAAAUGGCAAAAAAUGUUGACGCUAUACUUAGGAAUUCAAAAGGACCAAUGAAUACUGGAGCCCACACGCUCUACGAACAUCUCACUGCGAAAAAGGAUGACGACGACAUUAAAGCAGGCUCCUGCCAGAGGCUAGUAAACCUCACGGAUAAAGGGAUUUCAAAAAACUUCGACGAUCGCUUUAAAGCGUUUGAAAAUAAAGAGCUGAAAGAAAUCAGAGACGCUUGUCAAUCGUUGAGAAGGAAACGCAACAACAAAGAAGGGGCUGCUCGAGCAGCGCAGAGAGCGCCAGCCGAUCUAAAGUGUAAGGAAAAAGCACAAGUGGCAGCCGCUGAGUACGAGGAGCAAUUACGAGUCACAACCGCUUUGUUGCAAAAAAUUCCUGACUAUGAAAAAUUACAUCAGGACAUCUUUGAACAAGGCCUGCGCUAUUUUGCUACGACAUUUUAA